CAUCUUGCCUCUCCUCCUCCUCGUCGCCAUCGUCAUCGCCAUCGUCGCGGUCUAUAUAUGGAGGCGAGGCGAGGCGAGGAGAUCGGUGUCGUUUGUUGCUGCCAGAAAGAAAGCCCAAGUCUGAGUUGGAACUUACUUGGAAGGGAGAGUAGUAGAGGUUGCGUCCUACUGCUACUUCUUCCUCCUCGAUCUUCCUCUACUUGAGGAGAGAGAGAGAGAGAGAGAGAGAGAGAGAGAGAGAGAGAGAGAGAGUUAGUUUUGGGUGGAUUUGUGAUGGGGUCGAACGAGCAGAUCCACCGGGACAAGCUCAUCAUCGACACGGAUCCCGGCAUCGAUGAUAGCAUGACAAUCCUUAUGGCGUUCAGAGCUCCAACUGUGGAGAUCAUAGGGCUCACAACCAUAUUUGGCAACACCACCACAAAGAAUGCGACUCAGAAUGCGCUCUUGCUGUGUGAGAGAGCAGGACAUCCUGAGGUUCCAGUAGCAGAGGGCAGCGCAGAGCCUCUCAAGGGAGGAGAGCCACGUGUUGCUGACUUUGUUCAUGGGUCUGAUGGCCUGGGGAAUUUGUUUCUUCCUGCACCCACUAGUAAGAAGGUUGAUGAAAAUGCUGCUGAGUUCAUGGUUAAUAAGGUCUCUCAAUUUCCUGGAGAAGUUUCUAUACUCGCAUUGGGACCCCUGACAAACGUGGCGCUGGCCAUCAAAAGGGACCCUUCCUUUGCAAGUAAGGUGAAGAAAAUAGUUGUACUGGGUGGUGCUUUCUUUGCGGCUGGAAAUGUCAGCCCAGCUGCUGAAGCAAAUAUAUAUGGAGAUCCAGAAGCAGCUGACAUAGUUUUUACCUCAGGAGCAGAUGUUGACGUGGUUGGCAUUAACAUAACAACUCAAGUCUGUUUUACAGAUGAGGAUCUCCUGGAGCUAAGAAACUCAAAAGGGAAGCAUGCACAGUUCUUAUGUGACAUGUGCCAGUUCUAUAGAGACUGGCAUGCCGAAUCCGAUGGCUUUCAUGGAAUUUUCCUCCAUGAUCCUGUGAGCUUCACUGCCCUAGUUCACCCUGAGUACUUCACGUUCAAGAAGGGUGUUGUGAGAGUAGAAACCCAGGGCAUUUGCACUGGUCACACUUUAAUGGACCAAGGAUUGAAAAAGUGGAAUUCAGAGAAUCCAUGGUCUGGCUACAAGCCAAUCUCAGUUGCAUGGACAGUUGAUGUGCCAAAUGUUCUCGCAUUCGUGAAGGAACUCCUCAUGGCUCCAUGAGCGAUUUUACGCCUAUUUCUUGUGCUUUUGGAUACACAAGCAAAUUUGACAAAUACAGAGUUGUGAUUAGAUCCUGGAAACCGGAAGCUUUCUAUUCCCCUAUGAAUAAGAAGAUAUGGUUGUUUUGAUUUCUUGAGUUCAAGUCUGGUGGCUCAAAACAACCUGGUUCCACCUAAGAACAGAAUAAGGACUGGUUUGUUCUGGGCUAGUAGGCAUCAGACCUGAGGACCAAAACAAUCUGUUAUCUUAUUAUAUGUAAUAGGAGGAUUAGAAGUUUGCUUCCUAGCUACAAGCAAAAUAUAUGUAGUAAAUUGAAAUUCUGCAUACGAAAGACAGCAUUAUUACAAACUGUUUCAGACAUUUGUGCCACAGAUAUACAUUUCAAAUUCGGAAAUCAGUUUGCCA